AUGGGCCCUGUAGCCACUGCGGCUUACCCUUCGCCAACUAGCUUCUCAUCCCCUACGCAGAGGAGGCCAUCUGUCCCGUCGCUCUACGACUGGACAGCCAUGGCAUCCCUCUCGCCGAGCCAGCCUUCUCAGCGAGGUUUUGGUGGCGGGCCCACCGGCCAGGACAAAACUCCCUUGUCGACGCUGAACCUUGAUUUCCUCAAAUCUGUAAAUGAGAAGAGGACAACAAGGGACGGGCAACCACAAAAACGUCGAGGUCCAAAACCAGAUAGCAAGCCGGCCCUAACGAGGCGGCAGGAGCUCAAUCGGCAAGCUCAGAGAACCCACCGCGAGCGCAAAGAGCUCUACAUCAAAGCCCUCGAGGACGAGGUGCUGCGGCUGAAGGAGAUCUUCAGCCACAUCUCGCACGAUAAGGCGCGCCUCGCAGACGAGAACCGGCAGCUCAAAGCCCUGCUGGCCCAGAAUGGCAUUGGCGGAUCACUGCCCAGCGGCAGCGUGCUAGACGACUCGGCAAGCAACCCGAGCGUCGGCUACUCGCCGAGCGCGAGCAUGGGGGCCAGCUACGUCCCGGGAUCUAGCAAUACGAGCGCCUUCACGCCGCCACCUCUUUCGGUAGGUAGUGGUGGUCGGGGCGGGGGGAUAUCGCCGAAUAGCGCGACCUACCCCCACAACCACAGCCACCACCGUCACCAACUCUCCGGGCAAGGGAGUCUGGGCACCCCGGCGGGGACCGGGAGCCAGCCGAACCAGCUCCCUAACAUAGAUUACGAGCAGGCCGGUGUCGACUUUGUGUUGACCCUCGAAAACCCCUGCAUGAACCACCUGCCCUGGAUGCUCGAGCGGGCCGCCACAGCCGGCAUCCGCGAGCCGUGCGGCCAUGCCCUCAUGGCGUCCUGCCCGCCGGAGCCCUUCUCGGAGCUCUCGCCCGACAUCCCCUUCGGCCAGGCCCAACCCCAAGCCCAGGCCCACACCCAUAACCACAACCACCCCACCCCGGGAAACGAAAACACCGGGCCAACGGGCACGUGGACGCUCAACAAGGGCGACCUGACCACCCUGCUCGACCUCAGCAAGCGGCUGAACCUCGACGGCGAGAUCACGCCCGUCAUGGCCUGGGGCAUGGUGCUGGCGCACCCGCGCCUGGCCGAGCUGCGCCCGGAGGACUUUGCGCGCCUGGCUGAGGAGCUGGGCGGGAAGGUCAGGUGCUAUGGGUUUGGCGCCGUCAUGGAGGAGUUUGAGGUUAGGGAUGCGCUGGAGAAUGUGUUUUCGAUGAGGCCGGAUUUUGGGGGUUAUUGA